AGAGAGCAGUAGGAGUAGCAGUGUUUUCAGUGGUAAUCCAUGUUUCCGUCAGCGCCAGGAUUUGAGUCUGUCCAUGUGUAAUGGGAAUUUCUUGGUGAACAUAAAGGAGAGAUGUAAUUGAUCAUAUCAAUCAAAAUCAUUUUGGUUUGAUUACAAGUUGCAACAGGGAGACGCCUCCAGCACACAAGCAGAGAAAAUGUCUAACAUGCCUCUUGGAGACAGGCCUGUUAUAUUCUAAUCAGACAGCACCAAGUGUGCUGUAAACACCAGCCCGAGAGGCUUGUACGAAGUCAAAACAAAAGACAGUGACUUUGCCAGCAGCUACAGAAUCAUACAGUGUGCAUAAUGUCGUCAAUACUGUAAUAAUCAGUGUGUCCUCAGUUCUUGUGCCUUCAGUAGCUCUGGCGUCAAUCACUAUCAAAUUAUAUGAGAAGAAUCCAUAACACUGAGUAACAAAUGUAGUGACCAUCAACUCUUUAAAAAAUGUGUCACAAAUAGAACACUGGUAAUCAUAUGUAUUACAGAACAGGAAAAACAUAUACAUAUGCUAAGCAUUGUGUUAAUCACUCUAAACUGAAUAAGAACUUUAUUCACCUUAAAUUUCCCCACUACACCAUGUCAAGAGGCAUUACAUUAUGUCAUUCUAUUCCACCCCCCUCAUCAGCUGAACUGCGUAACAUAUAUUAUCUGUUCCUCCAAUGGUAACCUGUGAAAGUUUUAUUCGUCAGCAGAUACACUAGGAUCACAUCUGCUUUUGGUCAGUCUGCACAUGUUACAGUCAGAGUGGAGGAGAGGCCAAGGCUACUGGUUUAUUUCAUUAGUGGACAGACCUCUAUUCUGUGAUCAGAUUUAUUGCGUACUACUUGUCCAGCUCUAAAAAUCAUGCUUCUGUGACUGACUUUACAUAGGCCAUAACUCACCAGCCAGCGUAAUACUAUUUGGAGCAUCAUCUGCAGAAGAAGAAGAACGUAUGUAUGAUGCUCUCAAGUCCUAUGAUCUAGGUCUAGAACCUCAAUAACAGCAAGUGAGUAACUUUCUGGUCCAACCAGUCCAACUUGUGGUAAUUGGUCAAACCUUUUUCUCUAUCUAAACAUUCCUCAAUAUAAAGAGCAAAGCCUAAUGUUAUAAUACCGGUACAUGUCUAUGUUGGAUCUCUUUGACUUAGUCAGGUGUUUUGUAAUUGUUGCACAAUCUGCCAUGGAUUUUUUAAAAGUCAGUAAGUUGUUAUCGUCUGUCUAUUGUAGCUAAAGAACUCAAUGCUGUUGUCUUGGCAUGCUGGGUCAAUUACAUUGAACACCAUAAGGACCAUUGACCUGUCUAGUCAUGGUCAUUAUCACAUCCAGCCUGUAUCUGUAGUCUGUAGUCUUAACACGUCCGUAUGUAUGUGUGUGUGUGCGUGUGCGUGCAUGAGACUGAAUGUCUAGCAAUUUUUCAUGCUGACUCUAGCUCUUUCUCUAGGUGACCUCAGAUCACACACACCUCAUUCCUCUCUCUGGCUGUCACCUGACUGGUGGUUGCAAUGGCUUUACAAAAUGGAUACUCCAUCAACUCCUCCCCACUGGACGAGAGUGGAGAGGCCACACCCCUACUUAAAAAAGAAGUGGUGGACGUUGAUGAUUCAGUACCUCCACAAUGUUGCUCUGCACGCUGCAAUCUGGCCAUCAUGAUGUUCUUUGGAUUCUCCGUUGUCUACGGUCUCCGUGUCAAUCUAAGUGUUGCCAUGGUCGCCAUGGUCAAUGGGACCAAUAGCCAACCAUCUCUCAACAGCUCAGGUGGCCAUGAGUGCCCAGUGUCCUCCCACGGGUACGACAAUGGCAGCCAAACACCAGACCAACCAGACGGGAUACCUCAGUACUCGUGGGAUUCUUCGACUCAGGGCAUGCUGCUGGGGGCCUUCUUCUUUGGCUACCUGGUGACGCAGAUCCCCGGGGGUUACCUGGCCGGACACUUUGGGGGGAGUAUCUUCCUGGGGGGAGGGGUGCUGGGCACCGCAGCCCUCACCCUCCUCACCCCCCUGGCAGCCCAGCUAGGACCCUACUGGCUGUUUGGUUUACGGGCACUGGAGGGAUUUGGGGAGGGGGUGACGUUCCCGGCCAUGAUGGCCAUGUGGGCUUGCUGGGCUCCCCCUCUAGAGAGGUCUCGUCUUAUGACCCUGUCGGGGUCAGGGGCCAACUUUGGGGCCUUUGUAGCCCUGCCCCUCACCGGCUUCAUCUGUCACAGUCUGGGCUGGCCCGCUGUCUUCUACAUGUGUGGGGUUGCUGGUUGCAUUUGGGCAGUGUUCUGGUUCAUUCUGGUGUCGGACCAGCCUGGCACUCAUCCACGAAUCAGCACAAGAGAAAAAUAUUACAUCAUCAACUCCAUAGGAAAAGAGGGUGGUGGCCAUGGCUGGUCAGUGCCUUUGUUACCCAUGAUGCUCUCUGUUCCCCUGUGGGCCAUCAUAGUGUCUCAGAUGUGUGCCAACUGGGGUUAUUACACUCUGCUCACCUCACUACCCACCUACAUGGACACGGUGCUUCACUUUGACCUCCAACAGAAUGCCUUUCUCUCAGCUCUGCCCUUUCUGGGUGGCUGGGCCUUCUCAGUGAUAUCAGGUGUAGUAGCAGACAGCCUCCUGGAGAAGGAGCUGUUGAGCGUCACAGCGGUCCGCAAGAUCUUCACUAUCACAGGUCUGCUGCUGCCUGCAGCGUUCCUGGUUGCUGUGGGCUACUCCGGCUGCAAUGGCGUGUUGGCUGUGACCUUCCUUACCCUCUCUACAACUGUAGGAGGCACCAGUGCAGCCGGGAUCUUCAUCAACCAGAUAGACAUUGCUCCACGGUAUGCAGGGGUGCUUUUAGGAAUCACCAACACUUUCGGAACUAUCCCAGGUGUGGUCGCACCCAUCGUCACGGGUUACCUCACCAAAGAUCAAUCCCUGGCGGGAUGGAGGAGUGUGUUCUGUCUGUCGGCCGGGAUCAGCGCCGGAGGAGCUCUCAUCUACACCUUGUUUGGCACCGGGAAGGUCCAGAAAUGGGCCCUGGUAGAGGAGGAUCAGGAGCAGGCAGAAACAGAGAGAGACAGAUUAAUCACUACAUGACAGACAGACAGGCAGCCAUGACCUAAAGCAGGUUCCCCAACUGGCGGCCCGCGGGCCGAAUUUGGCCCACGGUGGUUUUAUUUGGCCUCCCCAUGUUUUCUGAGCAACAAAUAACUAAAACAGUAUAUUUUAAUUUUUUGAAUUUUCAUUGUUGGACAUAAAAAAUGUAAAAACA